AUGGCAGGUCGUGGCUGCCUGGGGCUGGGGAUCUUCUGCUGGGCCCUGCUGGCCGUCCCUGUGGGCCCCCAGCUUGCCUCUCCCGUCCCUGGUGUCCCUCUCACCACCCUGGGCCCCCCACCCCAGAGUGAGGUCUCAGUGCUGUCGCUCAACCUGGGACUUAACUUCAAAUUCCACCUUCGGAGACCUGCUGCUGCCUGGGGCAGCCCUGUCACAGAGACCCAGCGGCUGUCCCCCAGGCUGGGCCAGGAGCUGGAGGAAGAGGUGGCCAGUGGGUUGAGGACGGACCCCCUCUGGGAACUUCUGGUGGGCUCCCCCAGGAACUCUCCCCCAGAGUGGGGCUCUGCUGAAGGCAGCUCUCUGCCCUGGGCCUCCUCCCUGCCGCUGGUGUCCAAGUCCCCCUUCUCUGGGCCCCCGGGCCAGCCCACGGCUCCCUAUCAGCCCCGGAUGGGCACUGUGACCUGGGGCACUGCCCUGACAGCGACGGCGCCUCCAUUCAGUGCCCCCAGGCCCCACCAGAGUGAGCUGGAGUUGAAGUUUGACGUGGCACUGAGAGCGGGUGCAGCCCCCACACUCGGGCACCGGACGCUGCCCCUGCUGCCCAGCCUGCGGGCCAGCCUGGCGGAGAUUGCUGGGCGCCUGGGUCCCUUUGGGUUCUUUGGCACUACUCAAUCCCCACUCCGGAACUUCUCAGGCCCAAGCCCCCAGAACGCAGCUACACCCCUAAGCUUUGCCUCCGGAGUUUCAGAAUCUCCAGGGUCCUUUGGCACCUCUCUGUCCCCGUCCCUACACCCCCUGGAGAGGAAGCUCUCAAGCCCAAGCCUGCUAGACCCAGCUGCUUCCCUGAGCUCUGCUGCAAUUGCAAGAGAGUCCCUGGUCCCCACCAUCCCCACCUCUGCCACCUCGGGCCCAGAUGACUCCUCUCCCGCCAGCCUCGGGAACCCGUCGGUGCAGCCAGAGUGUGGGCCGGAGUCUUGCGGCAUCAGAGGAUCGCCUGGUCCGGAGGCGCAGCCCCCUGCAGCGCCGCUGCGGCUCUUCUUGCUGACUCUGGAGGCCGACUGGGCGGAAGCCAGGGCUCGUUGGGGGCUGGCCUGGGAGGCCCACGUGUACGGGGUGGGUGCGCUCUUCGGCCUGGUGGCUCUGCUGGCGCUGCUGUCUCUGGCCCUCUUGCCCUGGCGCUGCCCGCCCGGCGCGCCCUGCCUGGCGCUGCUCGACCUGCUCCUGCUCUCGGCUGGGACCACACGGGCCUUCCCGCUCUUCUACGACGCUUACGGGCACCGCGCCCGACUGCCUGCGCUCGCCUGGCUGCUGCUGCAGGACCUCCCGCUACCCUGCCUGGCCGCGGGCCUGGGGCUGGCCUGCCUGCUGCUGGCCCGGCCGCGUCCGCCCCGGUGCCCGGGCGGCUUAGCCGCGCUGCUGCUCCUGGGGCUAGGGCUGGCGGCCGCUGCCGCCCUAGGGAGCGCAGUGCACCGCCCACUGCGGCCCCUGAGGCUCGCUGCCCGCGGCUUGCACGCCCUCAUGGCCGUCCUGCUCUCGGGGCUCCUGCUGGCGCUUUCCUGCUGGCGGGGCCGGCGGCGGCGGGCCGGGGCGCCCCUGGGGGGAUCCGGCUUCAAGGGCGCCACCCCUCUGCGGCAGGCGCGUAGUCCUUUCGCCCCGCGGGAGUCCUGGCGGCGUGCGGCGCGCACCGCGCCGGUGGCGGGCACCUUCGGGCUGCUGAGCGGAGCCCUGCAGGGCUAUGAGGUGCUGCACGCUCUGGGCUAUGGCGGCCAGCCAGGCCUGGAGGGGCCCUGGCCCUGGUGGGCCUUCCAGCUGGGCUUGCGCCUGGGCGAGGUGGGCGUCGCGCUGCCCUUGGCUUUACUGGGCCUCUACCCCGCGCUCUGCAGCCCUCGCGUGCCCCCUCCCUGCUGGGCCAAGCUCUUCCGCCUGUCCCCGGGUCACGCGGCUCCGCUGCUGCCGCGUGGCUGGGGCACUGGGCUCCCGGACAAGGAGCCCCCGGGUAGCGGUAUCGCGCGCGGCGAGGCGGAGCUGCUGCAGCUCUGCGCUCUGGCUGGCCCGGGCCCAGACCUCCUCCUCCAGGGAGGCGGCUGCCGGGGAUUCGAGGGCUCGGCCGCCCACCCGGCCCCUUCGCCCGCCUCUUCGCCCUGCAGCGACUGCACCGUGGACCUCCAGCCGCCCUCCCCGAUCAACCUGCGGCGCAGCAUCGAGGAGGCCCUCUGCAGCGAGGCCCUGCUGGCACCAGGCCUCUUCCAGGGCCCUGCCUUAGGGGAAGCCCUGCCUGGCCUCGACCUCUACCGCACGGUCUUGCUCGGUGCCAAGGCCGGAACCGCGCCCAGCGGAAGGCAGGAGGCUCCUGGAUGCCCCGCAUCCCCAGAGCCGCCCUCCCCCGGGGCCUGGCCUGCUGGUAGCAGUGUCUCCUCAGGCUCCCCGUACGGACUCUCACGGGACAGCUCGUCCAUGCUGCUCUGCUCCAGCCCGGACAGGCCCCCUCGCUGUCCUCUCGUCUGCAUCCUCGGCCCCCCGCGACCCUCAGCAAGCAGCCCCAGCCUCCCGGCCUCAGGGUCCUAUCAGGCCCUGACUCCCCCCUCCCGCGACUCCCCAGAGCCUGUCCCUGAGCUGCAGGCUGAGGAAGCCUUGCUGCAGGAGCAAUUCCUGGACGCCUGUCGACAGAUCGACGAGCUUAGCGUCGGCAGCGAUACCAUAGACCUGUGAAGGGGCGGCCCCUCGCUGCCCCGCCGUGCGCCCCCUUCUGGCGCCGCCCCGCCCGAGACCUGCACACUGUAACCCUCUCCAGUCCCGCCUGGCUCGCUCUCCCCGCCUCCUUCCUCAUCCAGGGGCCCUGGGUGGGCGAUAGACGGGGCGGUCAGCAGCCAGGCUCUAGUGACUGGGGUUUAGUGCCACCUUCUCUGGAGCCCUGGGCGCGGAUGCCCGAAGCUGCAAUUCUGGGCUGGCAGGGGUCCCACUGUCCUUGGCAUUCACCAGCAAUAAAUCUCCAAGGUGCUCCACUCCUGACCACCCCUCCCCACUCUGGUGCUGAGAGAGAGGGGCUGUCUUCAGAAGACCUCCGACCUGCCUCAGUUCCCACGCCCAACUCCACCUGUGUGAACGCAACUCCCUGUCCUCCAAGUGACCCCUCCCCACAGAGGGGCUUGUGGCCCACCUAGGAGACAUUACAGCAGUUGGUGGGAGGGGAGUGCUUUCAGAGUUAAUUUAUCAAUAAAAUAUUUUCAGAGGAGAAAGCUCUGACCUUGGAAAGGCUUAGAUGAGGUGACAGUGCCAAAGGUGGAAGAGAAGCUGCUUUUGGGUGGGUGGGUCCACCUCAGACCCUAGCAACCUGGACUCCUGACAGGACAAAGGACUCUUGUCCUGUGGCUGUGAUUAGUGAGGGUCCUGGGAGAAGCCCUUGAAACACCCUUCUGACUCCCUGGAAAGUGGCUUUUUGUGGCAAUGGAACACAGCCGCUGAGAGACAAGGCAGAAGCUCCAGCCCACAGUGGAAAUGCCUGAGUUCAUGGGAGCCUGGCUUCAGUUCCUGGUGGACAGCUGGUGAGGCACUAACCAGUUGCCAUGGAGUUGACUCUGACUCGUGAUGACCCCAUGCGUGUCAGAGUAGAACUCUGCUCCACAGGGUUUUCAAUGGCUGGUUUUUGGGAAGUAGAUCUCCAGGCCUUUCUUCCGAGGUGCCUCUGGGUGGACUCAAAACUCCAAACUUUCAAACUUCAAAGCUUUGA